GCCUGCUGAUUUAUGACGCCUCGGGUACUGCCACACGUUCCUGACGGCAAUCCGGCAGCGAUCUAGAGACGCCCUUCCGUGGUAGUUCGGUCCACCAGUCUUAUCAUCAUGCCCAUCGGUGACCUCCUUGCCGAGAUCAGCGGUGGCCAGUCAUUUCCUGCGCCGCCCGAGAAGACCUCGACGUCGUUAGGCAUCAAGCGCAAGGCGGAAGGUGAUCCGCCCAAUACAGCCUCGGCCAAGUACAACAAAGCACGACAGCACGAUGUGCCUUCUUCGGCAAGCAGGGUCGCUCGCGAUGUGAAAAAAGAUGACGCCGACCGCCCCAGGACUGCGGCCUCCGUUCCCGCCAGAUCGUCGACCCUGCCUCAUCGGACACAUUCGCCGUCGACAAAUGGCCGCCCCUAUCAACCUCCUACGCCAAAUGGACAGCGUAUAACCGCCUCCUCAAAUGGCAGGCCUUCGUCUGGGCCGGUUUCCAGCACUUCCCAGCCGAAGCAGCCUUUGAUUCCCGCUUCCCGGCCGUCGAAGCUCAACACGGCGUCUCAGCCUCUUUCUAAACCACCCCCGGCGAAACCCUCGCCUACCACCCCAACUCCCUCGGACCCAUCCAAGGCGCCGAAGAAGGGCUCUUUCCAGGAGAUAAUGGAGCGUGCCAAAAAGGCCCAGGCAACGAUGAACAAGGCCGGCAUGAUUCAACACAAGCCUAUGGACAGACGAGACCGAGGCUCCGGAAAGGCGGAGCCGAAACCCAACAUCGUGAAGGGGAAGAGUGGAAAGGCGUACGCUGGAAAUGGCCGGACACCUGCUAAUCCUUCCCGUGACGGUGCACGGCCCGCCGCGGGAGGUCGCGAAGGAGGCCGGAACGGUACCACCAAGGACGCCAAGGUAGAUAGCAAGCAGGCACGUGGCUCCCCAGCAGGUGAAGUGCCGGAGAAGAAGGUCAAGAAAUCAGCAACUGCCACUACGGGCUACACUGGAACCGCGCGCCCUCGACCCGGCGCGUCGUCGGACAAACCGUCUUCUAGGAAACAGGUAUCAUCUUACCGUGGGGGUGGGCUCCUGGCACCACCUAGCCGUCGGGAUCGGUACGAAAACGAGUACGACGAUGAUAUGGACGACUUUAUCGAGUAUGACGACGACGACGAGCCCGACCCCAGAGGUAACGGGUACGGCUACGAAUCCGACGGCUCUAGCGAUAUGGAAGCUGGCUUAUCCGACAUCGACGUAGAGGAGCGAAGGGCGGAGAUACUAGCACGCGAGGAGGACAGACGCGAGCAGGCCCUCGAGGAGAAGCUGAAGCGAGAGAAGGAAGAGCGAAGGCGACGACUCGCUCAGGGCUGAUAGGGGUGCCCGGCCGCCGAUGAUGAGAUCUUACGACAACGGCCUCAUCUGUGAAUACGGGCCUUUUUUUUUCAAGUCUUCCACAGAUCCGCU